GGUCCUGGGAGGUAUGAGAGACCCACUUGACGCCGACGGAAGUGUUUACACCCACAGAUAACAGUCCUAGCUGGUCACCCUCUGCACCUGGGGUUAUAUUAUUCUAAAAUGACGGGUCGGUUACCUCCAUGUAUCGUAGAUGUUGGCACUGGGUACACCAAACUUGGGUUUGCCGGGAAUCAUGAACCCCAAAUGAUCAUUCCCUCUGCUGUUGCAAUUAAGGAGACGGCCAAGGUGGGGGAACAAUCACAGCGGAGACUAUGUAAAGGAGUUGAGGAUUUGGACUUCUUUAUUGGUGAUGAGGCCAUGGAUGCCACAGGCUAUGCCAUUAAGUAUCCAGUGAGGCACGGUAUUGUUGAAGACUGGGACCUGAUGGAGAAGUUCAUGGAGCAGUGUAUAUUCAAGUAUCUCCGAGCUGAGCCGGAGGAUCACUAUUUCCUGUUGACAGAACCCCCUCUCAAUACGCCUGAGAAUCGCGAGUACACAGCAGAAAUUAUGUUUGAGUCAUUCAAUGUGCCUGGGUUGUACAUUGCGGUGCAGGCAGUGCUCUCCCUGGCAGCGUCCUGGGCAUCUCGUCAAGCUCCAGAGCGGUCGUUGACAGGAACAGUCAUUGACUCUGGGGACGGUGUUACACACGUCAUACCAGUGGCUGACGGGUAUGUUAUUGGGAGCUGUAUUAAGCACAUUCCCAUUGCUGGCCGAGACAUCACCUACUUUGUCCAGAGCUUGUUGAGGGAGAGGGAACACAAUAUCCCACCUCAGAUGAGUAUGGAGACAGCCAAAGCUGUUAAGGAGAAGUUCAGUUACAUAUGUCCUGAUAUUGCUAAAGAGUUCAACAAGUAUGACAGUGACCAGUCCAAGUGGAUUAAAAGGUAUGAAGGCAAGAACCCUGUCACCAACCAGACCUUCGAUAUUGAUAUUGGCUAUGAACGCUUCCUAGGACCUGAAAUCUUCUUCCACCCAGAGUUUUCAAACCCUGACUUCACUGUUCCAAUUAGUGAAGUUGUAGACAAUGUGAUCCAGAAUUGUCCCAUUGAUGUGCGCCGUCCUCUUUACAAGAAUAUUGUUCUUUCUGGUGGAUCUACUAUGUUUAAGGACUUUGACCGUCGUCUGCAGAGGGACGUAAAGCGAAUUGUUGAUGCUAGACUGCGUAUCACAGAACAACUCAGUGGUGGUCGUAUUAAGCCCAAACCCAUUGAUGUUAAUGUUAUCGCCCACAAGAUGCAGCGUUAUGCUGUAUGGUUUGGUGGCUCUAUGUUAGCAUCAACUCCUGACUUCUACCAGGUCUGCCACACGAAGGCCGAGUAUGAGGAAAAGGGCCCGAGCAUCUGUCGACACAACCCAGUUUUUGGUGCCAUGGCAUAAUCACAGACCAAUGUGAUUCUAUGUUUAUUCCAAGAUAUCAGGAGUGUAUUUUAAAAUGGAACACUCGCGAUAAACCUCUGCUCGGAAAUGACUCUUUGUUUAUCCUAAGGGGGGUAGGGAGUGUUCAUCGAAAUGGAUCACUUGGGGGGGUAAUCUCGCCUUGCUGUUGACAUGUUAUAAAUGUGUGAGCAUACGUAUGUUUGUUGGGGUGAAUGCAGAAGUAUGUGCCAAUGUAGUGAAGUGCGUUUAUCCUAGAGUAAUUCUUUGUAUUUCCAUGUAUUUAAACAAUAGCCUCUCUCGGUGCACCCAAAGAAUAUUAUUUUCUUACACACCACAUGCCUUGUAUGCUUUAUUUGAAAUGGUAAUGAACAUUGAUUCAUUUUUUAGUUUUUUUUUUUCCUGUUGGGAUGUGAUGUGUCUUUUGUGUAAUUAGAAUCAUAUGGUGUCAUAAUUUAGAAGUUCUGUGAAUAGAAGAGAUAUGUAUGGACCUUGAUGCAAUAGUUUGGUUUAGGAUACAGGUCAAAUGGGCCCUUGUGGUGAUAGGCCAAAUCUGACCUUUAGCACUGGGCCCCAUUGGACAUGUCACAUUUAAUUUGUAUUAUUAUCUGUAAUUUAUGAUAUCUUAUGAAUUACUACACAAAAAAGAGAGUAUUGAGGCUAUACUUAAAUACUGAACUGUUAUUCCAUAUUUUGGAGAGAUGCAAUUUAUAAGUGUGACUAUUCCUGACUUAUUAGUGGACUAAAUUCAAAAAGUUUCUUGAAACACUGUAUAGUACUGUAAUAAUGAUAAUGGAGUACUGUAUCCUCCAUGGAAAGUUUUGAUUUGGUUAUUGAAUUCCUUAUCUGUAAUUAAGUUCAGGUUGUUUUAAAUCCGUAUGAGUGGUUCAGUUGCCAACUUUAGUUUUCAUUAAAUGUGGAAAGAUUAGGUUUGUGGUGAGAGAUACAGUAGAGGUUGGGAGAAAUGGAAAGCAACUUGAACUUAACCUAAAUCUCAUGUUGGUCUUUAUAUGAGGAAACGUUGAUUGAUUCCAUGGUUUUGUUGUUUAACUUCAAGACCAAAUAUGUAUUCCUAUGUGUGUGUAUUCAGAGGUCAAUGCUUGGAUGCUGUUAGGUCUUUGGACAAUACCAGUGGCAAACAGUUUUGACAUUCCGAGAUAAUGUACUGAGUUAUACCCCACGAAGCUAUCAUUUGACUAUUGAUUUAGUAUUUUUGGUCAUACAGGGUACAGUAUUAAAUUGUCAUGUCCCGAGUUUUCUCAUUUGAGUUUAAACUCCAUAAAUUUUGUACUAUCAACAUACUUGGUGCUCUAGUUCCUUGUAUUUGUAAAUGUGGUAUAACAGUCACGACUGCACAGUAAUGCCGGCAAACCACAUCUGCGUCAUGUAUAGAUAGCUUAAACGACCUUAAUAUUUACAUUAUAUUCAAACAAAUAUAUUACCCUCCCAAUGUUCUUUUAAAAACUUUGUUCUAAAGUCUUCAAGAGAAUAAUUUACAGAUGAAAUAUGGACAACUUCCCAGGCCAUGGUUUACACUGCUGGGUGUCAGUAAAUGUAGGGAAGUUUUAGUCAGUUUUGUUAGGAGUAGAUUCUCAGGGUGACUAGUCAAGUAGACCCCAUCCUAAAUUAAUCUACCUUGAUCUAACUAUUUAGGUUGGGACUUCGUCAUAAUGGGUGCCAAUUUUAAUGGUUAGGUUAGGGCUUAAUAGAACAGGAAGCCCAUUUGACCUACAAAUUACUGUAUUACUAAUUAUUAAAAAUUAACUCCCUGCAGUUUAUAUCAUAGCCUGAACUCACAACAUGAAUAAUUUUGCUUUUCUCAACCUUUGUCUGGUAAUUUGUUGACACACUUUCUUCUUAUGUCCCUCACCUAUUCUAUAUUGAUUGUGAUCUUAUUUCCAAAUGUUUUAAUGUUGCUGUGAUUUUAUAAUUUGUAUUUACCUGUUUAAAUAAAAAAUACAAAUA